GUGUGUGUUAGUGCGCCUGCGCAGUAAGAGGAGUCCUUGGCUGGUAGGUUACUGCUGAGAGGAGACAUCAUGCAGAGCUGGACGCAGUUAUAUCGCUCUCUGGCCACGCGGAGCCACCAGCUGCCCUGCAAACUGCACGGAGCUACAGCCGUGUCUGUCAGGACCUACGCUGACAAAGCAGCCAUCGAUGCAGACGUCACCGUGGUGGGUUCGGGUCCAGGCGGCUACGUCGCUGCCAUCAAAUCCUCACAGCUCGGCUUCAAGACAGUUUGUGUUGAGAAGAACAUCACGCUGGGUGGAACAUGUCUAAAUGUCGGCUGCAUCCCCUCAAAGGCUCUGCUGAAUAACUCCUACCUGUACCACAUGGCUCAUGGCAAAGACUUUGAAAGCAGAGGCAUUGAAAUUUCAGGCCUCUCGUUGAACCUGGAGAAGAUGAUGGCUCAGAAGAGCGGCGCGGUGAAAGCUCUGACCGGAGGAAUCGCACAUCUAUUCAAACAGAACAAAGUGACCCACGUCAGCGGUUUCGGGAAGGUGACCGGUAAGAACCAGGUGACGGCUGUGGCGGCCGACGGCAGCGAGCAGAUCAUCAACACCAAGAACAUCCUCAUCGCCACCGGCUCUGAAGUCACACCUUUCCCCGGCAUCCAGAUCGACGAGGAAACCAUCGUGUCGUCGACAGGAGCGCUGUCCCUGAAUAAAGUCCCCGAGGAGCUGAUCGUCAUCGGAGGCGGAGUUAUCGGCGUGGAACUGGGCUCAGUGUGGCAGCGUCUGGGCUCUAAGGUCACAGCGGUGGAGUUCCUCGGUCACGUAGGCGGCAUGGGCAUCGACAUGGAGAUCUCCAAGAACUUCCAGCGCAUCCUCCAGAAGCAGGGCAUGAAGUUCAAGCUCGGCACCAAAGUCAUGGGAGCAACCAGGAGGCCCGACGGCAAGAUCGACGUCGCUGUGGAGGCGGCGGCCGGAGGGAAGAACCAGACUCUAACGUGUGACGUGCUGCUGGUCUGCAUCGGUAGACGACCUUAUACCCAGAACCUGGGUCUGGACUCUGUGGGCAUCGAGCUGGACAACAGGGGCCGAAUCCCCGUCAACAACCGCUUCCAGACCAAAGUCCCCAGUAUUUUCGCCAUCGGUGACGUGGUUGCCGGGCCGAUGUUGGCCCACAAGGCCGAGGACGAAGGCAUCAUCUGUGUGGAGGGAAUGGCCGGAGGAGCCGUGCACAUCGACUACAACUGCGUCCCCUCCGUCAUCUACACGCACCCCGAGGUGGCCUGGGUGGGCAAGACAGAGGAGCAGCUCAAAGAGGAGGGCGUCCCGUACAAAGUCGGCAAAUUCCCCUUCGCAGCCAACAGCCGAGCUAAAACCAACGCAGACACCGACGGUCUGGUGAAGAUCCUCAGCCACAAGGAGACAGACAGGAUGAUGGGAGCUCACAUCCUCGGAACGGGGGCAGGAGAGAUGAUCAAUGAAGCUGCUUUGGCCAUGGAGUACGGAGCUUCCUGUGAGGAUAUCGCCAGAGUCUGUCACGCUCAUCCUACGGUGUCCGAGGCCUUCAGAGAAGCUAACCUGGCCGCCUCCUUCGGCAAAGCCAUCAACUUCUGAUCCUCCGGAGCCGCUGACGCACCUCCAGUGUACAUAACCGAGAGCAACAGGAAGGAAGCUGCGUGUUAAAUAAAAAAUAAAAAAACAACAACCUUCAUCCGAUCCACUCCUCCUCUUCCUCCUCCUCCUCCUCCUCUUCCUCCUGCUCUGUGCACAUCCAGACUGUACCACAUUUAGUUAUAUUGUUAUUUAAAUGUUCUCAAUAAAAUAAUAAAAAGAGGGUUUUUUUCUGGUGGCUCUAAAUAAAAACUUUAUUCCAACCAUAGUUAACAACAACAACAUAUUCUGUACUUAUUUUACAUAGAGAUAUAUACAUAUUAUUAUUAUUUUUGGGGGGCUG